CGCGAAGCUCCGCGCUGGGACUGGUUCCCUUGCAGCCAUUUUCUGUCCAACCAAACAGCCGAUUUGAGAAGGUAACCAACCAGGGUUGCAUUGGAGAUGGAUAGUGACAGUUCUACCACAGAUGCUACUCAGCUAGGAAUUGCAGGAGAUUACAUUGGUGGAGGACAUUAUGUACUUCAGUCACAUGAUGGAGAUGGAGAUGAAAGUAUGAAUGAGCAUGACGAGUCAAAUGAAUCUAAAGAAAGCUUCAGAGAGCAAGAUAUUUACCUUCCAAUUGCCAAUGUGGCGAGGAUAAUGAAGAAUGCCAUACCAACAACAGGAAAAAUUGCAAAGGAUGCCAAAGAGUGUGUGCAGGAAUGCGUAAGUGAAUUUAUUAGCUUCAUUACUUCAGAAGCAAGUGAAAGAUGUCAUCAAGAAAAACGAAAAACAAUCAAUGGAGAAGACAUCCUUUUUGCAAUGUCCACUUUAGGAUUUGACAGCUAUGUUGAACCUCUUAAAGUUUAUCUGCAGAAAUUCAGAGAGGCGAUGAAAGGAGAGAAGGGACUUGGGGCAGUUGUUGCCACUGCAGAGAUGGGUGAAGAUCUGACAGAUGAUUCCUUUGCCAACCCAUUGCAAGCAGGACUUAUAACUACAGAUGGCCAGCAACAAAAUGUGAUGGUCUAUACAACAUCUUAUCAACAGAUUUCUGGUGUUCAGCAAAUUCAGUUUACAUGAUUAAAAUGUUACGAUUCUGGGACUGCACAAAGAUGGGAAAGAAAAAAUUGAGUAAAACGAAGCAUGAUAAAGCCCUUGUUAAUACAAAGGUGUGCAUAAGGAAGGAGGAUUUCUACCUCUGUCCUUUAUGUAAUAUUUUAAAUAGCUGUAAUGCAGCUUUCAUAUUAGGAUUUGAAAUGUUAAAGCCAGUUAUAUGAUCUGCUCUUCAGUAUCAAUUUUAUGAAACUCCAUUUUAAAGAUAUUAGUUGAAUACCUUUGUUGUACAAGAGCGGUUUCUGUUUUGUUUGAAAAUUUAGAGACUCACAUUAUUAGUGUCUUUAGGCAUUGUAAAUUGCAGAUUUAUUACCGUCAGAGAUUUCUUAUUUUGAUAUUGAGUCAUGUUACUCUUUUUGUAUUUGAAAUAAAAUUUUCUGUUAUUUCUUGAUGUUCAUCCUUUUUAAUAGAACUUGACAUUUAAGUAGGGAUCAUGUGUGUUAUUUAUUGUAAGAAUGCAAGUCAGCACAGAGAAGUUUAAUUGUUAUGCAUUACUAGAUUGCUAAACGUUAUUAUGUGUGUUUUUUUUUAAUAAGUUCUCUUGCUGGUGGGUCACAGAGUAAAUAGAUGAAGUUAACGUUAUGAUAUCACUAAAUGCAGAUAAUAGUUCCAUUUUGGAAUAAAAUCUAGCAAAUUGUU